AUGCAGGGCUAUCAGAGGAAUUUCGAGGAUCAGCAGAGGGAUCAAAGGGACGAGGAGACGAUAGUGGUGGACUUAGUGCCGCCGCAAUAUCAGCUCAGUCCUCCGCACAGUCCACCGCCGGGAAAUAUGCCUAAGACUCCAGAAAAAGAUACUUCGCCUUCCCAACAACAGCAACAACCAUUGUCUUCCAUGGACCCAAAUAUCAGGAGAUACAGGACAGCUUUCACGCGUGAACAAUUGUCGCGAUUGGAGAAGGAAUUCCACAGGGAGAAUUACGUAAGCAGACCUAGGAGAUGCGAAUUGGCCGCGCAACUACACCUGCCAGAAUCCACGAUCAAGGUCUGGUUUCAAAACCGUCGCAUGAAGGACAAGAGGCAGAGGAUGGCGAUGGCCUGGCCGUACGCCAUGUACACGGACCCGACACUCGCCGCCACUUUGCUGGCAGCAGCCACGGCAACUUUGCCGCCACCGCCGUAUCACGGUGCUCCAGGUUUGCCACCGGCUCACCUGGCACCGAGUUAUCCAGCAGCUGCAGCGGCAGCGUACUAUGCAGCCAGGUACACGCCGUAUCCAGGAGCAGUACCAACGACGAGCGCCUCGUCUCUCCAUCGGCCACAUCCGCGCACCGCCGCCGCCUAUCCGGCGCACCCUCAUCUCCUUCAGCCUCACCCUUCGCUGCCACCCCUGCACUUGCCUGGCCUGGGCGUUCCUACGGUUGGUAAUACCGCCUUUCAGGUGAACAACCCACCCACUAGCGCGGCGACCACCUACAGGCCAACUUUGCUCCCAGAACUGAGUCCUGUACACUCUGACGCGUCGAGCGACUGCGACUGCGUCGGGACGCAGCCACAUCAUCCGCACCACGCGAGCAACGGGCAGCAGAUACACGAGAAGAACAGCCCUCCGCCGACAAAUCAUUCAUCCACGCAGAUCAAACUGCCUACGGGGAUUAGUAUCGCCGGUCUACCAACUGCUAUUCAAACGAUCGGUGGAUUCGAGGGGAAGAAUUCGUACAAUAGUAUCGUGUCGACGCCGAGCGUCGUUCAAUCGACGAAAAUGGAACCGCCGAAAUUGUUCCAACCGUAUAAGAACGAUAUCUCUGAGAGAGCGUAA